GAACGAGUAGAGGAAAAAUAAAAAUAAAAAAAUAGGACCUUAAUACAAAGUGUUAAUAAAAAAAAGGAAAAAUAAUUUUUUGUGGGCAAACGAAAAAAAUUGAGGAAGUGUAGAAAAUAAAGAAGACAAGAUGCCGAGGCCAGUAGUACAAGAAGGAGAGGAUCCCGAUCCAACUCCAUAUCUCUUCGUUUCACUUGAACAGAAGAGAAUCGAUCAAACUAAGCCUUAUGAUGCGAAAAAAGCUUGCUGGGUCCCCGAUGAAAAGGAAGGAUAUCUUCUUGGUGAAAUUAAAGCCACCAAGGGCGAAUUGGUUUCCGUCACUUUGCCUGGCGGCGAGACCAAGGAUUACAAGAAGGAUCUAUUGCAACAAGUGAAUCCUCCCAAGUAUGAAAAAGCGGAGGAUAUGUCCAAUUUGACUUACCUCAACGAUGCCUCAGUAUUGCACAACUUGAAACAACGUUACUACUUUAAGCUUAUCUACACCUACUCGGGCCUGUUUUGUGUGGCUAUCAAUCCCUACAAGAGAUUCCCAGUCUACACAGGACGUUGUGCCAAGAUGUAUCGUGGCAAGAGGCGUAGCGAAGUGCCACCUCAUAUUUUCGCCAUUUCUGAUGGUGCCUAUGUCAACAUGUUGACAAACAGCGAAAAUCAGUCUAUGUUGAUCACUGGAGAGUCCGGAGCAGGAAAGACUGAGAACACGAAGAAGGUAAUUGCGUACUUCGCCACCGUCGGCGCGUCAACGAAGAAAGCUGAUGAAUCAACUCAGAAAAAGGGCUCCCUUGAGGAUCAGGUCGUUCAGACAAAUCCCGUACUUGAAGCCUUUGGUAACGCCAAGACUGUGCGUAACGAUAACUCGUCUCGUUUCGGUAAAUUCAUUCGUAUUCACUUUGGUCCUUCUGGAAAAUUGGCUGGUGCCGACAUUGAAACAUAUCUAUUGGAGAAAGCUCGUGUAAUUUCCCAACAAACCCUCGAGCGGUCCUACCACAUCUUCUACCAGAUUAUGUCCGGAUCAGUUAAAGGCCUCAAGGAGAUGUGUUUGCUGUCCAACAACAUUCGUGACUACUACUUUGUGUCACAAGGAAAAACCACUAUUCCUGGUCUUGAUGAUGGCGAGGAACUUACUGUUACCGACCAAGCCUUCGACGUUCUUGGAUUCACCCAGGAGGAGAAGAAUGAUAUUUACAAGAUCACUGCCUCUGUGAUGCACAUGGGAGGAAUGAAGUUCAAGCAAAGGGGUCGAGAAGAACAGGCUGAAGCUGAUGGCACUGAAGAAGGUGACCGUGUUGCUAAAUUGCUUGGUGUCGACUGCACAGACUUGUACAAGAAUUUACUCAAACCAAGAAUCAAGGUCGGUAAUGAAUUCGUCACCCAAGGACGUAAUAAGGAUCAGGUAUCCUAUUCCGUUGGUGCCAUGUCAAAGGCCAUGUUUGACAGAGUCUUCAAAUGGUUAGUCAAGAAGUGUAACGAAACCCUAGACACCAAACAGAAACGUCAACACUUCAUUGGUGUACUGGAUAUUGCCGGUUUCGAAAUCUUCGACUUCAACAGUUUUGAACAACUAUGCAUCAACUUCACCAACGAGAAGUUGCAGCAAUUCUUCAAUCAUCAUAUGUUCAUCCUUGAGCAAGAAGAAUACACUCGCGAGGGCAUUGAGUGGACAUUCAUUGACUUUGGCAUGGACCUUCAACAAACAAUUGAUCUCAUUGAGAAGCCCAUGGGUAUCCUCUCCAUCCUUGAGGAAGAGUCUAUGUUCCCGAAAGCCACCGACAAGACCUUCGAGGAGAAAUUGAACAACAACCAUCUUGGCAAGAGUCCUAACUUCUUGAAACCAAAACCACCAAAACCAGGUCAACAAGCUGCUCACUUCGCUAUUGGCCAUUAUGCCGGAAACGUACCAUACAAUAUCACCGGUUGGUUGGAAAAGAAUAAGGACCCGUUGAACGACACUGUUGUCGAUCAAUUCAAGAAGUCAACUAACAAACUUUUGAUUGAGAUCUUUGCUGAUCAUCCUGGACAAUCUGGUGGUGGUGGCGGUGAUGCCGGUGGCAAGGGAGGACGUGGUAAGAAGGGUGGUGGCUUCUCCACUGUAUCAUCAUCCUACAAGGAACAACUUAAUAACUUGAUGACAACUUUGAGAGCCACUCAACCUCACUUCGUACGUUGUAUCAUUCCCAAUGAAUUGAAACAGCCAGGAGUCAUUGAUUCUCACUUGGUCAUGCAUCAAUUGACCUGUAACGGUGUACUUGAGGGUAUCCGUAUUUGCCGUAAAGGAUUCCCCAACAGAAUGAAUUAUCCCGACUUCAAACUGCGGUACAAAAUCUUGGCACCAGCUGCGGUCGAUGCAGCCGCUGGCGAUCCAAAGAAGGCGGCCGCUGCUGUUUUGGAAUCAUCCGGUUUAGACAGCGAUCAAUACCGUCUUGGACAUACCAAGGUAUUCUUCCGUGCUGGAGUCUUGGGUCAAAUGGAGGAAUUCCGUGAUGAACGUCUAAGCAAGAUUCUCUCAUGGAUGCAAGCCUUUAUGAGAGGUUACUUGGCCCGUAAGGACUACAAAAAAUUGCAAGAACAACGCUUGGCCCUUCAAGUUGUACAACGCAAUUUGCGUCGUUACCUUCAAUUGCGCACAUGGCCAUGGUGGAAGUUGUGGAUGAAGGUCAGACCCCUUCUCAAUGCAACUCGCAUCGAAGACGAACUUGCCGAAUUACAAGAGAAGGCAAAGAAAUUCGAGGAAUCAUGGAUUCGGGAGGAGAAAAUGCGCAAAGAAUUAGAGGAACUUAAUACAAAAUUGUUGGAUGAAAAAACAACUUUGUUGAGACAACUCGAUGGUGAUAAGGGAUCACUCGCUGAAUAUCAGGAGAAAGCAUUGAAGUUAGGAGCUCAAAAGGCUGAUCUCGAGUCACAAUUAGCGGACAUCACGGAUAGGUUCACUCAAGAGGAGGAAGCUAGGAACAAUCUCUUCCAAGGAAAGAAAAAAUUGGAGCAAGAGGUCUCGGGUCUGAAGAAAGACAUCGAAGACUUGGAAUUAACGAUCCAAAAAUCGGAGCAGGAUAAGGCGACCAAGGAUCACCAGAUCCGUAAUUUGAAUGAGGAGAUCGCCCACCAGGAUGAGCUCAUCAAUAAACUCAACAAGGAGAAGAAGAACCAAGGCGAAGUCAAUCAGAAGACAGCCGAAGAACUCCAGGCCGCCGAAGACAAGGUGAAUCAUCUCACCAAAGUUAAGGUCAAGCUCGAACAGACACUUGAUGAACUCGAAGACACUCUCGAACGCGAAAAGAAAGUUCGCGCUGAUGUUGAGAAGAAUAAGAGGAAGGUUGAAGGCGAUCUCAAGCUAACGCAAGAGGCCGUCGCCGAUCUCGAAAGGAACAAGAAGGAAUUGGAACAGACCAUUCAACGCAAGGACAAGGAACUCUCAUCACUCACGGCAAAAUUGGAAGACGAACAAUCAUUGGUUGGCAAAUUACAGAAACAAAUCAAGGAACUCCAGGCACGUAUCGAGGAACUCGAGGAAGAGGUUGAGGCCGAGCGUCAAGCACGCGCCAAGGCCGAGAAACAACGCAGCGACCUUGCCCGCGAACUCGAGGAACUUGGCGAACGCCUCGAGGAAGCUGGCGGUGCAACAUCGGCUCAAAUCGAACUCAAUAAAAAACGUGAAGCCGAAUUAAGCAAAUUACGCCGCGAUCUCGAAGAAGCCAAUAUUCAACACGAAUCCGCCCUCGCAAUCCUCCGCAAGAAGCACAAUGACGCCGUUGCCGAAAUGGGAGAACAAAUCGAUCAACUCAACAAAAUUAAAGCUAGGAUUGAAAAGGAGAAGGUUCAGUACUUCAGUGAAUUGAACGAUCUUCGCGCAACUGUCGAUCAUCUAAGCAAUGAGAAGGCCGCGCAAGAGAAGAUUGCCAAGCAAUUGCAACAUCAAUUGAAUGAGACUCAGGGCAAACUUGAGGAGGUGAAUCGUACUUUGAAUGACUUCGAUGCUGCCAAGAAGAAGUUGUCGAUUGAGAACAGUGAUCUUUUGAGACAAUUGGAAGAAGCCGAAUCUCAGGUGAACCAACUUUCGAAGAUCAAGAUCUCAUUGACAACACAGUUGGAGGACACGAAGAGACUCGCCGAUGAGGAGGGACGUGAACGUGCGACACUUUUGGGUAAAUUCCGUAACUUGGAGCACGAUUUGGACAACAUUCGGGAACAGGUUGAGGAAGAGGCGGAAGGCAAGGCUGACUUGCAGAGGCAAUUGAGCAAGGCGAAUGCAGAGUCUCAACUCUGGCGUACCAAAUACGAAUCAGAGGGCGUUGCACGUGCGGAAGAACUCGAGGAAGCUAAACGUAAACUACAGGCACGUUUGGCUGAAGCUGAGGAGACUAUUGAGUCACUCAACCAGAAGGUCAUUGCUCUUGAGAAGACCAAACAACGUCUUGCCACUGAAGUCGAGGAUCUUCAACUCGAAGUGGAUCGUGCGACAGCGAUUGCCAAUGCGGCUGAGAAGAAGCAAAAGGCCUUCGACAAGAUCAUUGGCGAAUGGAAACUCAAGGUCGACGAUCUUGCAGCGGAACUCGACGCCAGCCAAAAGGAGUGUCGCAACUACAGUACCGAACUCUUCAGGCUCAAGGGCGCCUAUGAGGAAGGCCAAGAGCAAUUGGAGGCCGUUCGCAGGGAGAACAAGAAUCUCGCCGACGAGGUCAAGGAUCUGUUGGAUCAAAUCGGUGAGGGUGGACGCAACAUUCACGAGAUUGAGAAGGCCCGCAAACGCCUUGAGGCCGAGAAGGACGAAUUACAAGCGGCUCUUGAGGAAGCCGAGGCGGCGCUCGAACAGGAGGAGAACAAAGUUCUACGCAGUCAACUCGAACUCAGUCAAGUACGACAGGAAAUCGAUCGUCGUAUUCAGGAGAAGGAGGAGGAAUUCGAAAAUACGAGAAAGAAUCACCAACGUGCAUUGGAUUCGAUGCAAGCAUCAUUGGAAGCCGAGGCGAAGGGCAAGGCUGAGGCUCUACGCAUGAAGAAGAAAUUGGAGGCCGAUAUCAACGAAUUGGAGAUUGCUCUCGAUCAUGCAAACAAGGCGAACGCUGAGGCACAGAAGAACAUCAAGAGAUACCAACAACAACUCAAGGAUGUUCAGACCGCACUUGAGGAGGAGCAACGCGCUCGCGACGAAGCCCGUGAACUUCUCGGUAUUUCCGAACGUCGCGCCAACGCCCUUCAAAACGAACUCGAAGAGAGCAGGCAACUCCUCGAGCAAGCCGAUCGUGGACGUCGUCAAGCCGAACAAGAAUUGGCCGAUGCUCAUGAACAGCUCAACGAAAUCAGCGCUCAGAACGCUUCCAUUUCGGCCGCCAAGAGGAAACUCGAGGCUGAACUACAAACCCUUCACUCCGACCUCGAUGAAUUACUCAAUGAGGCCAAGAACUCCGAGGAGAAGGCUAAGAAGGCAAUGGUCGAUGCCGCUAGACUGGCUGACGAACUCCGAGCCGAACAAGACCACGCUCAGACCCAGGAGAAACUCCGCAAGGCUCUGGAGACACAAAUCAAGGAUCUCCAGGUCCGUCUAGACGAGGCCGAGGCCAACGCCCUCAAGGGAGGUAAGAAAGCCAUCCAGAAAUUGGAGCAACGUGUACGUGAACUCGAGAACGAACUCGAUGGCGAACAGAGGAGACACGCUGACGCACAGAAGAAUCUCCGUAAAUCGGAACGUCGCAUCAAGGAACUUAGCUUCCAGGCCGAUGAGGACCGCAAGAAUCAUGAACGUAUGCAGGACUUGGUCGACAAAUUACAACAAAAGAUCAAGACGUACAAGAGACAAAUCGAAGAAGCAGAGGAGAUUGCAGCACUAAAUCUCGCCAAGUUCCGUAAAGCACAACAGGAACUCGAGGAGGCCGAAGAAAGGGCAGACCUUGCAGAACAGGCAAUCACCAAGUUCCGCACCAAGGGACGCGGAGGCAGUGCCGCCCGUGGUCUCAGUCCAGUGGCACAGAAGCCUCGUAAGGCACCUUCUGCCGCGCUGGAAUAACACGCCGCGCUGGUUCCAUCCACAUCGACCUGCGUUCAAACCCCAGUUCGACGGUUCCGCAUUCCCACCACGCUUCGACCUGAUGCCCGACGGUGAAUUUUAAAGAAAAAUAAAAAGCUAGCGCGUCGAGAAUCCCGUUAUAAUUCAAAAACAUCAUCCCAAAAAAAACAGGCCAACAUCAUCAUCAUUAUUAUUAUUAUUAUUAUCGAAAAAUCACAAACACACACAAAUCACAUAAAAACACAUCAUAUUUUUAAUCACGAGAUACAAAACUCGAAAUUUCAAGUGACGACGAAAAAGACACAGACGUCUCACGAUAAAAUGAAUUUUAUUAUUAUUGUCGAUGAGGAACAAGUAGAGAACAUUUCGAGCAAUAAAUAUAUUUUUUUUGUCAUCGCAAAAACAGUGGCGAAUCGACACGCCAAAAACUGGGCGAUAAUCAUCAAAAGGGAAUUUUUUUUGGGGGGGGGAGGGUUGGGAAGGGGAAAAAGGGGAAAUUAUAAAGUGAAAAUAUAGAGAGCGAUAGCGAGAAUUUCUAUCAAAAGAGUUUAUUACCGUCGGUCCAUCAAGAGGGCGAGAGCUAAAUAAUAAUUUGAGAUGGUUUUAAAGAAAUAUCGCAAAUUUUAUCAUUACUGUAAGCAAAAUGAAAAAAAAACAUCACUGUGUCGUCAAUUGCUAUCCUAUCCUUAUAAACGUAAUUUAAUUUAUAAAAAAAGCGAAAUAUGUAUUUAUUAAAGUAAAUAAGCAAUAAAUAAAGUUAAGAAAUUAA